UUUAGACCAGCGUUUGAGCGUGCUGCACGGGAACGGCCGCAUCGCGUAGAACCGAACAUUUCAUGCGUUCAUGUGAUUCGUGAGUGACGGCUCGAGAAAGCUGGCCGAUGUGUCCUUUAGCACGUUGCUACCGUGAGGACUAGCUUUCGGUUUGUAACACACAGGACACAGACUGUACCGGAAGCAACGGCAAAAAAUGCGAAAGUAAAAAGACCAAUCGUCGAUAAGGGAAGAACGAUGCUAAGCGAGUGAAGGGAUACUUCAGUCAAAUCCACUAACGAAGCACGUACUCAUCUUCACGGGUCGAUCCACCAUAGCAGGAAACCUCAGACAGUACGGCUCGUCCGUCUACUCGGUGAGACGCCCGAUAUCUGCAACGAGAGACACUACGGGGAGUUGCUACUCGGGUGCAGGUUGUUUGGCAACAAUCACAACAACAGCUCGAGCCUGUAUGUGACCAACGAAAUACUCCGCCAACACCAGACACUACAGCCAUACCAGGAGCACACACAAACACACCCCUCCCGCCUCCAGGUGCGAUGCUUCUUUCCCACAAAUCUCAAACGAAACGUGAUCCGAGCGCACAUUUCUGAUACAGUUCCCGAAAGAAACCCGAUACAUCUUUCCUCACCACAAAUUCCGUUUUAGUACACCAUCUUCUCCAGGAUAGCAGUGUGUGAAUGCGGUGGGCGAAAGGCACAGUUUGGGGGGCCGGGGUUUUGGAGAGAUAAGCGAGAGUGAUAAGAAAACGACGACACAGCUUGCUGUGGUAAGCAAACUGCUACGACGUCGACCACGAUGACGACGCCGACUUCGGCUUCAUCGAGUGCGGCAUAAGAGAUAGUGAAGAAAGGAAGGAUUUGCAGGGCCGUGUGGUAGAACACACCACAGCGUCCCUAUCGGUGGAGCCCAACCAGCGGGUGGGUGGAUCAGGUUUUGAGGUGCAGUUGGGUGAAAUUUCCUUCUCGGCACGGAACAGGGCAGAAUCAUCCUCAGCACGGUGUAACCCGGGUAUCAGUGAGCUUUCAUCCGGCGUACGGUACAGAACGCUUUUCCACGGGUGCUAAAGAGUUUUCCCCCUCGGUACGUCGGUACGAAUUUCAGUCUCGGACAGUGUGGCGUGUGCGAUCUGUAAUAUUUUUUUUUUGGGAAGCAAUCAAUCGUCGGUGGAUAGGCCAUUUUUACGCCGUUUAAUACGCAUCGUUUUAGGUAAAUUCGUUCAUUUAGCUUAAAGUUAUUCACCACCUGACCCGUUCGAUAGGCUGCAUGAGUUUUUAAGCUUUACCUGUUUAGUGUUUUUUUUUUACCAUAAUCGCAUCUGAGCUAUCUGUUACAUACAUUUCACGCAUAGCUGUGGUACAUUAUCGUGAUUGUUUUUGCACCGAUUGCAACCAAAUCCAUUCACAUAUCCAAUCACACACACACACAUUUAAUUCUGUGCACGAAAAGCGAACGCAUCCUCGUAUCGGCAAAAUGAAGGUUGACAUACAAAAUCACGUCGAUCAUCUUCCGGCGCUCAACGGUAUUACCGUUUCAUCUACCCAUGAUCCCCUCAUACUGGAUGAAACAUGUCUAAUGCUGUCGAACUUACUGACGAGAAGCAACCGGAUGGCUUCGAAAGCGCCAGCAACUUGCGAAGUAGCGGCUAAUGUCGAAGCGAAAUCAAGCGAGAUUGAUACGGACCUAUCGAUUUCGGUUAUAACUGAGGAAGAUACUGAGGACGUUUUGGAUCUGCUGAAACGAUUUUUCUUCAAGGAUGAACCCCUCAAUACCUACGUCCAACUUGGUGAGUGUAAGGAAUUGGAGAAGUAUUGCACCAAAAGCCUGGGAGAACACUCUUCCUACAAGGCCGUCAAUUCGAGAGGUGAAAUUGUGGGAGUCAUCCUUAACGGUACAAUCAUGAAACCACAACCUGGCGACGAACCACCGGAAAAGUUGGCUACCAACUGUGCGCAUCCCAAAUUUCGGAAAAUCAUGGCCUUAAUGGACCACGUGGACGAGCUGUUCGACAUCUUCGAGCUGUAUCCCGACAUCGAUCGAUUUUUGGACUGCAAAAUUAUGUCGGUCGACACAAACUACCGUGGCAUGGGCAUUGCGGGCAUGCUGACGGACCGCACGCUCCAGUAUGCGUCCCGAAAUGAUAUUAAGCUGCUACACGUUCUGUGCAGCAGCCAUUUUUCUGCCCGCGUCAUGGAGAAGAUGGACUUUACGGAGGUGUUCCGUUUGCCGUAUGCGGAUUACCACGUUAACGGCGAGCAGGUAUUCGAUCCCGAGAAACCUCACGUGGCGUUGAGAAUCUUGACGAAACGAUUAGACCACUAGCUGGCCGCAGGACGGUUAUACGAUUAAUCAACACAAAAAAAACCCCAGUAUUCAUGGUUGCCCGAUUCGAACAAAAAAUCGAACCCGUUAGGACAUCGCAAUGUUUGGCAUAGUGUAAUAGAACCGGAUUUUAUUCACUCAACUGCCGCAAUCGCGCAAUGUCAAUUACUACUUACACAUGUUGAAAGACACAGUGAAAAGGAUUGAUCCCUCUUGAUGAGGCAUUUUUGAAAGAAAUUUGUAUCGUGUAACACAACAAGUCAUACUUGCAAAGAUAUGCUAAUUUGUGAUAAUGCUUGUGUUUUAAAUGUGCUGCAUUUGGUCAUUUGAAGUCAAAAUUUAAAUAAGUUCAAUGCAAUCACACGCCGGAUUGAUGAAGAUGAGGUUGCAACAGUGUUGCGGAUAUAUAUGUAACUGAAAUCAGAUAAUAAAUAAUUAUUUAUAAAUAGCAUAA